CAACCCUCCAAACCACAUCCUCUAUUUGGGUCCCCUCUCUCUCUCUCUCUCGCUCACAAACCCGCUCCGCUGUCAUCAGCAUAACCAAUCACAUCUGUCCCUAAUUUAUUUCAACCCUCCUUGUUCUCCUCUCUUUUAAGAGAAAUGCCCGCUUUGUCUCUCCCGCCGGAUAUCUGACUUCCGACCGCUACAUCAUCUCCCUCUCUCUCAUCCACCUCCGCCCUCGCUGCUAUGGGCCCCCACCACCACUCUCGCCGCGAGUCCCUCUGCAGCUCCCUUCUCGCACCCCGUCCCGACUACCACGACUGUGACCGCGACCUCGUCUGGCCCUUUGGCAAGCUUGAGGGCAUCGACCGCGAUGACGUGCGUGAGACCGCGUACGAGAUCUUCUUUACCGCGUGUCGUUCUUCCCCUGGAUUUGGAGGACGGAACGCCCUCGUGUUCUACUCCAACCACCACGAUAACAACAGCAGUAAUAGUAAUGGUGGGGAGGGGAGCGGGUCCGGAUCGGGGUCGAAGGUAAAUGGGGUGGUGACAACGCCGACGAGCAGGGUGAAGCGGGCGCUCGGGCUGAAGAUGCUGAAGCGGUCUCCGUCGAGGAGGAUGGCGUUGGGCGCCGGAAAUGGUGGAUGGUCAAGUCCCUCCUCGCCGAACGCAUCAAAUAGUGGUGGCUCCCCCGGAAUGUCGUUCACCUUGCCGCCCUCAAGGCCGAGGCGGCCAAUGACAUCCGCCGAGAUUAUGAGGCAGCAGAUGAGGGUCACGGAAGGCAGCGAUAAUCGGCUGCGGAAGACGCUCAUGAGGACCCUAGUAGGCCAAAUGGGUAGGCGAGCAGAGACCAUAAUUCUCCCACUAGAACUCCUUCGACACCUAAAGCCAUCCGAAUUCAACGACUCCCACGAGUACCAUUACUGGCAAAAGCGGCAGCUCAAGAUCCUUGAAGCCGGUCUUCUUCUCCACCCUUCAAUCCCACUAGCCAAGUCCAACACAUUCGCUUUGCGUCUCAGAGAGAUCAUCAGAGCGGGUGACACCAAAGCCAUAGACACAGGAAAGAACUCAGACACCAUGAGAACCCUUUGCAACUCUGUAGUCUCCUUAUCGUGGCGUAGCUCCAACGGAACUCCAACAGAUGUUUGUCACUGGGCUGAUGGCUACCCCCUCAACAUCCACCUCUAUGUUGCUCUCCUGCAAUCAGUCUUCGACAUCAGAGACGAGACACUAGUAUUAGAUGAAGUCGAUGAAAUGCUCGAGCUGAUGAAGAAGACAUGGUCGACAUUGGGGAUCACUAGGCCAAUACACAAUGUGUGCUUUACAUGGGUGUUGUUUCAGCAAUACGUGCAAACCGCACAGAUUGAGGCCGACCUUUUGUGUGCUGCCCAUGCUAUGCUUGCAGAAGUGGCAAACAAUGCCAAGAGGCCGGAUAGGGAGGUUAUGUAUGUCAAGAUUUUGUCUUCGGUGUUGAGCUCAAUGCAGGGGUGGGCGGAGAAGAAAUUGCUUCGGUACCAUGAUUAUUUCCAAAGAGGGACAGUUGGCCAAAUUGAGAACCUUCUCCCUUUGGCCUUGUCAUCCUCCAAGAUCUUGGGUGAAGAUGUUACAAUCACAGAGAGGGGAAGAGGAGGGAAAGGUGAAAUAAAGGUGGUGGACAACUCCGGUGACCGCGUGGACUACUACAUUCGAUCUUCAAUGAAACAAGCUUUUGCAAAGAUUAUGGAAGCUGGGAAUGUAACUGAAGUGGCAGAAGAUGCCGUGACUGAAACCUUGCAUCAGUUAGCUAAAGAGACAGAGGAGUUGGCCUUGAAAGAGAGGGAAAGCUUCAGUCCCAUACUCAAGAGGUGGCACACAACUGCAGCUGGUGUCGCGGCCGUGACACUUCACAACUGUUACGGAGCUGUGUUGAAGCAAUACCUAAAUGGGGUCUCCACGCUUUCAGGUGAUACAGUUGAGAUAUUGCAAAGGGCAGGAAAACUAGAAAAGGUUCUGCUCCAAAUGGUGGUUGAGGACUCUGCUGAGUGCGAAGAUGGCGGCAAAGCAAUUGUUAGAGAGAUGGUUCCGUACGAAAUUGAUUCCAUCAUAAUGAACCUCUUGAAAAAAUGGAUUCAUGAGAGAUUAAAGAGAGGGAAAGAGUGUGUUCACCGAGCGAAAGAAAGCGAGACAUGGAAUCCAAAGUCCAAAUCGGAACCUUAUGCGCAAUCAGCUGAGGAGCUAAUGAAAUUGGCCAAGGAAACCGUGGAUGACUUCUUCCAAAUUCCGAUAGGAAUUACUGAAGAUUUAGUUCAAGAUCUUGCUGAUGGGUUGGAGCAUGUCUUCAAGGAGUAUACUUCAUUUGUUGCGUCUUGUGGUUCGAAACAGAGUUAUAUCCCCACACUUCCUCCUCUAACAAGAUGCAAUCGAGACUCGAAGUUCCUCAAGCUGUGGAAAAAAGCUAGCCCUUGUAGCGUUGGAGCAGAAGACUUUCACCCAAACGGAACAAAUGAAGGUCACCAUCCUCGCCCAUCAACGAGUAGAGGAACACAACGCCUCUACAUCCGCCUAAACACUUUGCACCAUCUCCUUUCCCACCUUCAUUCUCUUGACAAAAACCUCUCCCUCUCACCUCGCAUCAUUCCUACAACACCUCGAAGUCGUCAUGCCAAUAACCGCAAGAGUCAAACCAACGCCUCUUCCUACUUCGAACUUGCACAAUCAGGCAUCCAAUCUGCCUGCCAACAUGUCUCAGAAGUAGCUGCCUACCGCUUGAUCUUUCUCGACUCAAACUCAGUCUUCUAUGAGAGCCUCUAUGUUGGUGAUGUAGCCAAUGCAAGAAUAAGACCUGCGUUACGAAUUCUCAAGCAGAAUCUCACUCUCUUGGGAGUAAUUCUCACAGAUAAAGCGCAGGCCUUGGCAAUCAAGGAAGUAAUGAGGGCCUCUUUCGAAGCAUUCCUCAUGGUUUUGGUUGCUGGAGGAAGCUCCCGGGUGUUUUAUCGAACUGACCAUGAGAUGAUUGAGGAAGAUUUCGACAGCUUAAAGCGUAUUUUUUGCACUUGCGGAGAAGGGUUGAUAACCAAGGAUGUGGUGGAACAUGAGGCAGAGACAACAGAAGGGGUGAUAGAGCUGAUGGGGCAAUGUACUGAACAACUAAUGGAGGAUUUCAGCAUUGUGACUUGCGAAUCAAGCGGGAUUGGAGUUGUGGGAUCAGGGCAAAGGCUGCCAAUGCCUCCGACAACAGGACGGUGGAACAGAUCAGAUCCAAACACAUUAUUGAGGGUGUUAUGCCACAGGAAUGACAAAGCAGCAAACCAAUUCUUGAAAAGGACAUUCCAGCUAGCGAAGAGGAGAUGAUGGGACUAAUUUUUCAUGUACAUGCGGAAUCAAUGUGUUUGUAUCUGCGGUGCAUUCUAGUACUAACUUCUGGCAUUGUAACGAAAAAAGAAACAUUUGAGGCAAAAGUGAGGGGGCGCAUUGUAUCCAAGUCUACUGAACUUUUAAUGCCAAACCAAAUAUAUUGCUGGGGAUCGCAAUGGAGAGAUGAUUGUACAAAUUUGUCAUCGUUAUUUGUAGGUAUUGGUUGUUAAUCCUCAUGCCCGAUUGGGACAAGCUGUAUUGUACCACAGCCGUUGCGCUCAAAUGGAGUUUCUGAAGUUCAUUUUUUGCAAAACAAAUCAACUUACACCAUUAUUUGUCUGCAAAACCUAAACAAAUUCAAGAGCUGUUUCUGUUAA